AUGGCGGACGGCAUCAUCAGCAAAGCAGCUACCGUAGAGAUUCCCAUCAACAGCAACGGCAACACGGACGACGGCCUCGAACAGGCCACCCAGCGGCAGUGGCGUUUAGAUGACAAGUUAGGAAGCGGCAGAAACGCCGGGGAUCUGCAGCAGGUAAUGGUGUCUGGUCCCAACCUGAACGAGACCAGCAUCGUGUCGGGCGGUUAUGGCAGCCCGACAGAGGGCGGCGGCUCCGCCGGACCCGCUAAAGGUGUCUGGAUCGCGCUUGACUUUUCUUCUCCUGACGCCGACCCAGGUCCAAGCAGCGCCGGCGGCCCCCCCACAGACGAGGCCGCCCGAGGUGUGGCAGUGGAGAAAUUGGAAACGGUCAAGAAGUGGGGUCUCAACACGUACAAGUGCACCAAGCAGAUGAUCUCUGAGCGUUUCGGCCGCGGCCAGCGGACAGUGGACCCUGAGCUGGAGGCCCAGAUCGAGCUGCUUAGGGACACCAAGCGCAAAUACGAAAACGUGCUGCGACUGGCCCGAGCGCUGACCAAUCAUUUCUACAACUUGGUGCAGACGCAGCACGCGCUGGGUGACGCUUUCGCAGACCUCAGUCAGAAGUCACCAGAACUGAGGGACGAGUUCGGUUACAAUGCGGAGACCCAAAAGUUGCUGUGUAAGAACGGUGAGACUCUGCUGGGCGCCGUCAACUUCUUUGUGUCAGGCAUCAACACGCUGGUCAACAAAAGCAUGGAAGAUACGCUGAUGACUAUCAAGAUGUACGAGAACGCCAGGUUGGAAUUCGACGCGUACCGCUCUGACUUGGAGGAGCUGAGCUUGGGGCCUCGCGACGCAGCGGCCGUGGCCCGUAUUGACGCGGCGCAGCAGCUAUACCGAGUCCAGAAGGACAAGUACGAGCGACUGCGCUCCGACGUCGUGGUCAAACUCAAGUUCCUGGAGGAGAACAAGGUUAAGGUGAUGCACAAGCAGCUUCUGCUCUUCCACAACGCUAUCUCGGCGUAUUUCGCCGGCAACCAACAGCAGCUUGAGCAGACGCUGCAGCAGUUCAACAUCAAGCUCAAGCCUCCCGGCGCCGACAAGCCGUCUUGGCUAGAGGAGCCGUGA